CUUAUUUGCAACAGGCAAUAUACACCAUGUUCUGCAACGGAGAGAAAAUCAGAAGGAUUUACGCACUAACAGCUUUGCUCAGUGUGUGGAUGCAGGCAGUCAGUGCACUCAGUAUCCAGCCGAUCCCUCAGUAUCCUGCGGUCGGUCAGUCAGUCACUCUCAGUGUUACUGGGAUCAAUGGGAAUCUCCGGUCAUUCAGCUGGUAUAAAGGACCAAACUCAAACGCUGAAUAUCAAAUCCUCUCAUAUAUCCCGGCUUUAAACCCCCCACAGACUAAUGGAAAACAGUAUUUCUCUCGGGCCAGCGGGCUCCCUAAUGGCUCGUUACUGAUCUCAGAUCUGGUGAUUACAGACCGGGGGAUUUACACAGUGAUUGGACAGACAGAUAGAGGAAUAUGGCAAGAAUCAGUGAACCUGACUGUAUACAUUCCUGUCACUAAACCUGUAAUCAGGGCAAAUAGCUCUUUGGUCAAUGAAAAUGACACGGUUACCCUCACAUGUGAGAUGGAAAAUGCUGAAAGGAUCGUGUGGGGCCGCAGUAAUGGCAGACUUCCCUCUGAUAUCACUCUAUCCAAUGAUAACAGGACUCUCACCUUCUCCAGUAUCAAACGCUCAGACUCAGGAGAUUAUUAUUGUGAGGCUGAGAAUGUUAUCAAUAAGAUCAAAAGUGACAUUUACACACUGAAAGUAAACUAUGGUCCAGAGAACCUGAUCAUUACAGGUCCUAAUGGCAUUGAAAGCCUCUUUAACCUGACCGUGGGUACAUCCUUAUCAUUACGUUGUUCUGCAGCAUCAUUCCCUCCACCCACCUACCAUUGGAAACACAAUGAGAUAGAUUUGAGAAAAUAUGACUCCAUUCUAACACUGGAUCUCUCUUUGAAAGAAAAUGGGAGCUAUACCUGUACUGCGUCCAAUUCAAAGACAAACAUUACUGUUGCAACCUCUGUAGUUGUGAUUGUAUAUGAAUCAUAUGACUCAGGAAACGAAGAUGCACCGCUACUUUCAGGAGGUGCAAUUGCUGGUAUUAUCAUUGGUAUUCUGGCAUUUGUUGCUGGUGUUCUUGGAGUUGCAUGCUAUGUCUUCCAAAAAAAACAUAAGAUAAACAACAUAAACGAGCCUCAUGAAUAUGAAAAUGUGAAGAAAAAUGGCAUGAAUCCUGCAUCCAGUGAAGAUCCGUCCUAUAUGACUUUGCAAUUCAAACAUCAGGACACAUACGGUGAGCUGAGAGGAUGACAACGAUACAAUGAUCUUUCUCUCCAAAAUAUAUUACUGUGAUAUUUUUAUAUCAUUGUUACAAGCAUGAUAGCAUUAUGAUAUUGUGCCAUGUUUUGUGUUUUUAAUAUUAAAAUAUAUUUUUUUUUUUGCCAAGACACAACUUCUGUUUAUGCUUCAGUAUUGCUAAAAUAUUGAUUUACCAAGUGAGGAAAUGAAGGAACUUGUAUAACUACAGAACAUCUAAACCGAUUUUGACACAUGACGUGAUGUUUCUUGUGGAGAUUUUAAAUCAUGAAGAAAAGUGUACAUGUCCACAGUGACACAAACUUCAAAUAUAGAAAUGUUUGAUCACAUUGUGCUAAGUACUACCCAAGGAUUGGUUUCUUACACUAAAGAAAAAAAAUAUUGCAACACACAAUGUUUUUGAAAUCAUUGAGUAUAGCACCGUCUUGUGUGUCAAAAGGGAAAAGUAAGUUACAACCUUUCUGUUUAAGAGCUAUCUUAAAAGGCACUCCAGGCUGUACUUGACAUGCUUUUGUAAGGAAGGUAUAGAGUCCCCAAUAUGCAAUCCAAAACAGUAAAGGUAAAAGUACAAAUGACCAAAUUAUUAGAGGUGACUGUGCUUAACGUAUAAGGCAGGGACAGAAUAGUCCAAUAACAAGCCAUGGUCAAAGGAAUGCAGAGUAGCAACAGGAGGAGAAAACAAGCCAAAGCCAAG